AUUGUUUUCGUAAGAGUGCAUAUAUUAAACGGUCCCAUGUAGGGCGCUUAAUUACAGCACCAUAUAAAUUCAUGUUCGCAUGCAGUGAUUUAGAGGGCGAGUUAAACAUCAUGCGAUUCAUUGAUGCGAAACUAUAAAAAGGCGAAUAAAUUUUAAUGUGCAGUUAUAGCGUUUGUGAAAUUUGAAAUUUGCGUUUAGGAAAUGCAAGCGUUGUCUUUAUAUUUUACUUUAAUUACCCUGUUGUGGAUUUAUUGGCUAUGGACUCGGCGAAAAUUUUAUUCGUUGUUUUUAAAACUUCGCGGUCCUUUAGGUUACCCAUUUAUUGGCAUGGCUCACCAUCUAAUCCGCCGAGAAGAAGUGCUAUCAAAGUUAAAUGUGUACAACAAAAUGUAUGGGCCUGUAUGGUGUUCGUGGGUGGGACCUUAUCCAUUUGUUGUAAUAAGUGACCCAGUUAUAGCUCAAGAAGUACUUCUUUCACCGAACUGCGUUAACAAAUGCUUUAUAUAUGAUGGGCUGGAUUAUACGGUCGGCUCAAGUUUAUUUAGUUUAAAAGAGCCAAGAUGGAGUGUGCAUCGAAAAAUAUUUAAUCCAGCCUUCAAUCACAAGAUUCUAUUGAGCUUCAUCCCACUAUUUAAUGAAGAAGUUGAUGCUCUAGUGCUGACUCUAGAUAAAUAUGCCGGCAACGGGCCUGUGGAUUUAAUGCAAACUAUGCAAACGUACACACUGUGCUUAGCAACAAGGACUACAAUGGGAGGUAUGUCGAUUAACAGGGAUCACUUUGAGAAAACUUUAGUUCAAAGUUACCAAAGUGCAUUAGAGAAUACUGCGGAUGUGGUUUUUUCGCCAUGGUUGAAGUGCGAAUUUUUACAACGGAUGAGGGGAAAACAGAAGAAAUACAGCAGCGCAAGAAUGGAUAUAAAUCACUUUAUAAGAAAAUUGGUGAACGCACAACUUUCGAUUAACGAUAGCGAUGAGCGAAGUCCGGAUAACAGCCUAUUUAUUGAUAUUGCGAUCGAGAAUUUUAAAUGUGACCGCUUUACGCGAACAAAUGUGGAUAAUGAGUGUGGUGCUAUUGUUUUUGGGCAGGCGUUCGAGACUACAGCAAAUUCCAUUGUCUAUACUCUCAUGCUGCUGGCUAUGUUUCCGAAUUGUCAAGAAAAAGUUUACGAAGAAUUACUUUCGGAAUUUCCGGAAACGGGCAACGUGAAUAUUACUUACAAUAAUACUCAAAAUCUUAUUUACAUGGACAUGGUACUCAAUGAAACCAUGCGCGUCUUAGCGCCCGUACCGCUGGUAGCAAGAGAAACAAUGAAUGACAUUAAACUGUCGAACGGCGUAACAUUACCAAGCGGCGUACAAAUUGCUAUUGAUAUAUUUAAUAUGCAUCGUCGCAAAGAUAUAUGGGGUCCCGAAGCUGAGACUUUUAAUCCGGAUAAUUUCCUUUCCACUAAUUUGCAAAAUAAACACUCGUACGCUUUUAUUCCCUUCACAAAGGGCUUACGAUACUGCAUAGGGUGGAAGUACGCCUUGCUAUCUACUAAAAUUACUUUGGCGAAACUCUUGCGAAAUUAUAAAUUUACAACAGAUUUUAAGUUUGAACAUCUGAAGUUUGUAGAGGACAUUACACUUAAACUUCAGAAGCUGCCUUUAUUUACUAUAGAAAGAAGAGAUGAAUAAAAUUCGUGUGAAAAUUGAACCACAACAACAUUUUUAUAUCUUAGAUUAUAGUUAAUGCAAGAACCUUUUUGCCGCUCUGGUUUUUUAGGUUUAUCCUGCCGAAAUUAACGGUAUGACACCAGAGAGAAUUUAUUCGGCGAGUGACAUAUUCAUAUGUCAUUGUUAUGUACGUCUUUAAAAACGCAACCGGCACUAAUGCUAUAAACGCUUUCCUACUCACCGUCGCAUUCCGACUUACGGAUUAGAAAUAAAAAUCUGGGAUAGGCCACGAAAUAUAUAUAGUUUGCCUUGAGGAGCAAUUCUUAACCUAUUCUCUCAUCAACAUCAUUAGGCUUUGUUUCAUGUGCUUCUGGUCAUCUUUGGCUAUCAUGCAAUCUAAACCGCUCUUCAAAAUUAAACUUGGAGAGAGAGAACUUCUGUUGAGAUUAUCUUUCUGCUGCUUUUUUACAUGCUUCUGCUCGCUAAGCGUUAAAUCACAUAUUUUACCCUUGUGCGAAUAUGCAGAAUUCUCUGUAAGGUGCGUUAUUACAUUCCAGCUUACUCUUUCCCGAGUAAUUGAUUGCAAAGAGAAGUUCUAAUAUUUAAACGUUAUGAGCUUACCUUUUCAUUUG